AUGACAGCCCGCAGAGAGGGAGCUGACAUCUUCUCCAACGCCCCCAUCCGUUAUUACGCAAGCCGAAGCACCCACGAUGAAACAACUUUCACGGACCACUUUGGUUUUACGCCCGUUUCGCUCAUCCGGCUCCUCUGGAACGUCCUCGUCUAUCUCACACCCUCUCGGCUUGUCGUCGCAUUAGAUUCCCGCAUGUCGUACUCGGAUCCCUCUUCCCCGCGACCUACGCAGAUGACCUUCCACCUGAAGCAUGAGGCGAUGCAGCGUAUCUUCGGUCUGGAUAACAACUCCUUUCCAUUCUUCCCCCGAUCGCGUUCUCUUUCGGGCUUCGGCAGUGCUCUCCUGGGCAAUACCAAAGACGCGGUGCCUUCUGGACUGGGAAAUUGGGACAACUCUUGCUACCAGAACAGCAUAAUUCAAGGACUGGCCUCGCUGAAGUCCUUCUCCACCUUUUUGGGUCAAAAUGUCAAUGCACUGGACGACAAAGGAUCGUUAUCCACACACCAGGCGCUAAAAGGAAUAAUUGACCUGCUUAAUAGCGCAUCAAAUUAUGGAAGCAAGCUCUGGAUUCCCGCCGAUCUCAAGUCUAUGAGCAGCUGGCAACAACAAGACGCGCAGGAGUACUUUUCGAAAGUGGUAGAUCAAAUCGAUAUCGAAGUCCAGCAGGCCUCAAAGGGGCAGACAACAAACAUGGGACUCAAAAUGACCGGCCCCGAGGAGAAUAUUCUUCGGGAUAUUAUGCAGAAUAAAACCUCAACCGAUAAAUAUGAAGCGGGUCCUGUCAUUGAGAAAUCCUCUUUGCGCAACCCUCUCGAGGGCUUACUCGCCCAGCGAGUGGGUUGUAUGAAGUGUGGCUACACAGAAGGUCUGUCUCUCAUUCCCUUUAAUUGCCUCACGGUGCCUCUGGGAGGCAAAUUCGAUUACGACGUGCGUGAGUGCCUGGAUCAAUACAUGAGUUUGGAACCUAUCGAGGGUGUGGAGUGUGCUAAGUGCACAUUAAUACGCGCACAUGAACAGUUGAGCAACCUCCUUGGUAGCCUGUUGGAGGAUGAAGGUCUAUCCGAUCGUUCACAAACGGCAGGCUUGUCCGAUGCUGUACGCACCUCUGCGGUGGCGAGGCUGGAGGCCGUAAAGGCGGCCUUGGAGGAGGGUGAUUUUACAGAAACCACACUGGCAAAUAAAUGCCACAUUCCCUCCAAGAACCGCGUCUCCACCACCAAGUCACGACAGGCUGUUAUUGCGCGGGCUCCACAAUGUCUUGCGAUUCAUGUCAACCGCAGUCUCUUCGAUGAGACGACGGGCACGUUAAAGAAGAAUCUUGCGGGAGUGAAGUUCCCUAAGACUAUGGACCUGAAUGACUGGUGCCUUGGAACUCGCAGAGCCGAGAAAUCCGGGGACGCUAUCGAGCGAUGGGUGACCAACCCUUCUGAGUCAAUGCUUCCUGGCCCAGGCGAGUCCAUUCUAUCCUACAUCAGUGUUCUCUGCCCUGUCCCGGAUGAGGUCCUGCAGGCCGAAGGAGACAAGGAAAAGCCUGAGCGGUGGUAUCGUCUCAGCGAUGACGAUGUGCAAAUGGUUAGCGAAGGAAAUGUAAUGUCACAAGGCGGUGCCUUCAUGCUCUUUUACGAGGCUAUCGACAACGGACUAUCAGCACAGGCCGAACGCACGGAUUUGGAAUCCUUAAAGUGCGAUCAAGUCGAGUCGAACUCCAGUCAUACCAUGUUCGAAGACAUGUCGACCAUUUCGACUCCCACAGAUCUCGAGUCCAGCACGUCUCGCGCCACAAGUGUCUCGACUCCAGACCGCGUGCCGUUACCUUUUGAUAAUAUCAAAAGUACCGUCCCAUCACUCAAGAUAGCCAAUGCACUUGAUAUUAAUAAACAAGAUUCCGGCGACGCACUUGGCUCACCAUCUGCUAUUACUGCAUCAUGA